GCCAGUGUCCAGGCGUAAUACUCAAGGUGAGUGAGCUGAGCUCUCUCAUUCCCCUUUAAGUGGACAGAUGACUUAACAUGGGAUACUACACUUAAGGAGAGUGCUUAUACCUUUGAGGGGUCUGCCAAAACCCGGAACAGAAGAGAUCUCCAAGGAUAGAAUCUUCUCCACUAGUGCAGAUGAUGAAGCAGCUAGAGCAAAUGCCAGAGGCACAAUAUCAAUCUCUCCGGAGCCUGCAGGAAAAUCGACACCAGGUGAUGCGGGCUAUGUCGGCAUCACACGCUGUGGAUCUGUCCUGACGGAGCUGCUGAUAGACUCACGGAGGAGUGUGUACCAUGGCCAGCUCAGGAUACACAUCUCCAGUGGCUGUGGCCAGUGGGGAUAGCUGAGGCAGGAGGAGAUGGAUUGGCUUGUGGAGGACAGCUCUGGAACUUCCAACAUCACCAGCAGCAAGACAGGGUCAGCAAUGGCUGCAGAGAAGGUGGCAUUGGUGGUCUUCCUGGGGAUUCUGACCCUCCUCACUACCAUCUUGAAUGCUGGUGUAAUGGCCGCCAUCUGCACCACCAAGAAGCUCCACCUGCCCGCCAACUACCUCAUCUGCUCGCUGGCUGUCACCGACUUCCUGGUUGCCAUCUUGGUGAUGCCACUUAGCAUUCUGGACGUGGCCAUGGAGACCUGGCCACUGGGACAAGCGGUGUGCCAGGCAUGGCUGAGCCUGGAUAUGACUUGCUGUACCUGUUCCAUUCUCCACCUGUGCGCCAUCGCACUGGACCGCUACUGGGCCAUCACCAACGCCGUGGAGUACACCUAUAAGCGGACGGCUCGCCGGGCUGCUGCCAUGGUGGCUGCUGUGUGGGCCAUCUCCGCUCUCAUCUCUGUGCCACCCCUCUUCUGGAGGCAGGGCCACAGCCACCCUGGUAACCGCACCGACUGUGUGUUUACUCAUGACCACGUUGGCUACACCCUCUACUCCACCAUCGGGGCGUUCUAUGGCCCGCUGGUGCUCAUCCUGGUGCUCUACUGCCGGAUCUACGCGGCGGCAAAGGCCCUGUACCAGAAGAGGGGCUCGACCCUGCAACAGGGCGUGGCCGGGAGGCUGGACAGCCACAACUCCUUCGGCCACUGCCGAUCGGCGCAUGCUUUCUGUAUCUCUGAGCUUUCCACCUCUGACCCGUCCCCGGAAAUGGACAGGCUGGAUGGUGUCAUUGUCGUGGGGGUCACGCCCUUGGGGGGCAGGGUGGAUGGGGCCGGAGAGAGGACCCAGAUACGCCUGUCCAGGGAGAGGAAGGCGGCACGGACCCUGGGCCUCAUUCUGGGGGCGUUUGUGCUCUGCUGGCUGCCCUUCUUCCUCAGGGAGCUGCUGGUGGGGCUGAACCUGCUGCCGGACUCCAAAUCUGCACUGCUUUCCACUGCCCUCACCUGGCUUGGCUACGGCAACUCGCUAAUCAACCCACUGCUCUACACCAGCUUCAAUGAGGACUUCAAGCAUGCAUUCAAAAUGCUUGUCAAGUGCAAGGGGCACCCAUAGAGUCAACAAUUCAAUCUAAUUUUAUUUGUAUAGCACUUUUCACAGAAGACUGUCAGAAAGACACUACAGAGUAACAGAAGGGAAAUAUCAGCCCUAAGCCCCCAGAUAGCAAGAGGUAAUACCACACAGCUUUCCUUUUCCGUUUAUUUGCUUUUUAAAUAUGUAUUACUAGAUUGUAUUAUGUGGCUUUGGCCAGCUGUCACAUAUAGUAAGCUCAGGCAAUCACUGAGACACACUUGCAUGCUUAUAUACCUCAAUUUCUUUCAUCUUUUUGAAUGUUUUUUCUAACCAGUGGUGUGAUACCAUUUCAAUGUACUGCCACAAGAGGGAGGCCUUGAAUUGUCUAAUGCAGAGCAUGGCAAGUGAGUCUUUAUGUACUCAAAAGACAUAAAUACAAUAUAUAUACAUAAAUGAUUAAUUUAGCUAGAAAGCAAUACAAUAAUGGUCAAAUUAAUGCAAGGUAAAUCAAUGCUGGUUACUAAAUCUCAUUGUUGAGGGGCUUUUGAGUUGGUAAUAUCUGCCAUGCUCAUUUGAGGCCUAAUACACCUUUUAAGUGUCUGAACGUGUAGUCCAGUAGACAUUUUGUUGAAACACUGUCAUUCCAAGUCUGCACACUUUCUUGAGAUCAGAAAUCCUGCUGGCCAGUUAUUGGUUGGUUGACAGACGAAUGUAGAACAUAAUUCAUGUUUGAGUUAAUCACCAAUGUUUUACAACCUUCAGUGUGUUGAUGCAAUGGUUGUUCACUUAUUUGUCUGUGCUCUUCUACUGAGCCAGGCCACAGUGUAUAUGUAAACUGUUUCAUUUUAUUAUAGGUUUUGUGGAUGGUAAUAUCAUGACUAAACCACUGGAUUAUGUCAGACUCUUUUUAUGUCAUUUUAUGACAACUUUUAUGUUUGGGGUCUAAACCAGCAGUUUAAAUAAACACAAAUUAUUUGAAUAGAAAUAUUUUGAGACUUUGGUUGUCGGCUUCUUAUUGUUUCCAAAAUGACUAGCCUUUGAUCCAUAAAUAUGAAAAAUCUGUGAUAAACAUAUCAUUUUUGAGCACAGUA